GAAAUUUAUUCCAAGAAAAAAGUGAGUUUAAAUAUGAUAUUGCUCUUUCUCUGUACUCUAUUUUCUCCCACCGUCACACAUGGCUACGGCUGCGUAGGAUAACAUCUAACAAACCUAGCGCACGAUAGUCUUCCUUCACCCAUGCUUGGAGUACUCUGCGCCACUCGCCCCAAACCUUGGCUUCUCUCCCUCGUCCACGUCCACGCUUCCCUGCCUCGCCUACCUCAUUCCCCUCUAUCACCUUCAGCCUCGCCGCCGCCCCGUCGCCGCCAUUCCACCGCCUGCAAACUUUUUCUCUCCGGCGGCGCUGCCGCCUCCAUAUGGCACGCUAUCAUGCCCCGAGGUGAUGACGGAUUACGGCGCGGCGUUGUUGCCGUCCAUGACUUGAAGGGAGAGGGAUCGUGGAAUGUCGCUUGGGACGCGCGGCCGGCACGGUGGCUCCACCGCCCCGACUCCGCGUGGCUCCUCUUUGGUGUCUGUGCUUGUCUGGCGCCGCCGCCGGGUUGCGUGGAUGCUGACACUAAUUCUGCUGGAAUCGCUGUGGAUGAAAGUUGCGGCCUUCUCGAUAAGGAACGGGAGGAGGAUGAGGUUUCUGCUGAUUACAGAGUCACUGGGGUACCUGCUGAUGGUCGGUGUCUGUUUAGAGCAAUAGCUCAUGGAGCUUGCUUGAGAAAUGGGGAAAAAGCACCUGAUGAGAAUCGUCAGAGGGAAUUGGCUGAUGAAUUAAGAGCUAAAGUCGUAGAUGAGCUGCUGAAAAGGCGGGAGGAAACAGAAUGGUUUAUAGAAGGGGAUUUCGAUACAUAUCUGCAGAGAAUUCAACAGCCUUAUGUAUGGGGUGGAGAACCAGAGCUAUUGAUGGCUUCUCAUGUUUUGAAGACACCAAUUUCUGUUUUCAUGAGAGACACAGGCUCGGUUGAAUUGGUAAACAUAGCAAAAUAUGGUGAAGAAUACAGGAACGAUAAGGACAUUUCCAUCAAUGUGCUAUUUCAUGGGUAUGGUCACUAUGACAUACUAGAGACCUUACGACCAUAAUUACCUGAAAAAUGAAAAUAAACACUUAUUACAGCACAAAACUCACUUGCCUUGAUGGUGCAAUUUAAGACUUCUCGCGUAAAGAGCUUUUUGAGGGGUCAUUUUGGGAGUGUUUCAGUGAAUUUAGUAACUUUUUGCAACUGUAGUUCAGCUGCAAUUCAAUUUACGCAAGAUGCUGCUGGUGGAAUUUUUGUAGUUUGUUUGUCGUUAUACCACAAUUAUCAUAGGAAGAAAAUGAUAAUAAUUUGCUUCAAUAAUUUGGGAUUUGGGAUUGGCAUUAGCAAGUGAAGUGUUGAUUUUACUUAACUAUAUAUUUUGAUAAACGAUGAAAAAGAGAAGGAAAGGUUCUGUAAUCAUUUUAAUCUUUAUAGAGUUCCUUAACAUUAGGAAUUA